AUCGUGUUAAAAAUCCAGAACUUUUCUCGUUUGCCCGUACCGGGUUUUCCGUCGAGAAAUUUCCAACCAUGACUCAAGGCACAAACUGAUUGAUUUCUGCGCUACUUUUAAACAAUAUCAAUGCCGGAGCAUCGCGUGUCGCCCAUCCCCUCAAAUUGUCAGUGUAAGCGUUGACAGGACGGUCCAUGGCCGGGUUAUGCGGAUUGGCUGGCUCAGAUGCUCGCCUCCCCUCAGUUCCACGCCGCCGCCAGCACCGCCCCCGCCUUCGGCAUCCCGAUCCCUUAAUCCCGUACUUAAGCCUAGUACUUAAUAAAUAGCCUUUUUUUAAAAGAAUCCACUAAUUUUUUACUACCUCUGCAAUAUUUAUACGUAUCGAUAAUAUAGUUUUUAAUACUUUUUUCGACUCUACACUACUACAUUUUUGUAGUACGAAGGGAUAUUCGUGGCCUUAUUAUACCUGAUUAAAGAGAGAGAGAGAGAGAUAGAUAUAUAUGAAUUAAGUGGCCUUAUGUUUGCAUUUAUGUCCAUAUCAUUGUCCCUAUCCUGAUCCUAGAGAAGAUGAUGAGCAGAGCGUCUUUUAGGAGCAGCAGGACACACACUUUAGAUAAUCAAAGAAGAAUCCGUGCAAACGACAGACAGUUCAAUGCGCAAUUCAAAUAUGCAAGCAACUACAUCAAGACCUCCAAGUAUUCGGUAUUGACGUUCCUGCCCUUGAACUUAUUCGAGCAGUUCCAGCGUCUGGCGAACUUCUACUUCUUGUGCCUUCUCGUUUUGCAGAUGAUACCUGCGAUCAGCAGUUUGACGCCUGUCACUACAAUUUUGCCCUUAAUGGGAGUGCUGGGACUCACUGCCAUUAAAGAUGCAUACGAUGAUAUCCAACGUCACAUCUCCGAUUCUCAAGUCAACAAUCGAAAGUCGCAGGCGGUACGCAGGGGUAAGCUCGUGCAGGAACGGUGGUCGGCCGUCCAGGUCGGCGACGUUAUCCGGAUGGACAAUAAUCAGUUUGUCGCUGCAGAUGUUCUUCUAUUGACCACCAGCGAACCGAAUGGGUUGUGUUACAUCGAGACGUCGGAGUUGGAUGGUGAAACAAAUCUAAAAUGCCGGCAAUGUCUGAUGGAGACGGCCGUCAUGGGCCAAGACGACGUCCUCUUGGGCGAGUUCGACGGCGAAAUCGUCUGCGAAACGCCCAACAACCUGUUGAACAAGUUCGAUGGUAAUCUCACGUGGAAGAACAAGAGCUACUCAUUAGACAACGAUAAAAUUAUCUUGAGAGGCUGCGUUCUACGAAACACCCAAUGGUGUUACGGUCUGGUUGUAUUCGCCGGCAAAGAUACGAAACUGAUGCAAAACAGUGGCAAGAGCAAGUUCAAACGCACUAGUAUAGAUAGACUUCUUAACUUCUUAAUUAUAGGGAUAGUAUUUUUUUUAUUGUCCAUGUGCCUUUUCUGCAUGGUGGCAUGUGGUAUAUGGGAGUCCUUGGUCGGACAAUACUUUAAAGACUUCCUCCCGUGGGACACGCUAGUGCCUUCGGAGCCGUUAGGUGGCGCCACCAUCAUAGCACUCUUGGUGUUUUUCUCGUACGCCAUCGUCCUCAACACCGUGGUACCGAUCUCGCUGUACGUCUCCGUCGAGGUGAUCCGCUUCGUCCAGAGCUUCUUGAUCAACUGGGACGAGCAGAUGUACUACGACACGACCCACGCGGCGGCGCGCACCACCACCCUCAACGAGGAGCUCGGCCAGAUCGAGUACAUCUUCUCCGACAAGACCGGAACCCUCACCCAGAACAUCAUGACCUUCAACAAGUGCUCGAUAAUGGGCAACUCGUACGGCGACGUGAUCGACGCGCGCACCGGCGAGGUGAUCGAGGUGACGGAAGAGACCGAGUCGCUGGACUUCUCGUUCAACCCGAACUACGAGCCGGAGUUCCGAUUCUUCGACAAGAACCUGCUGGAGGCGGUGCAGCGGCGGGACGCGGACACUUUCAAUUUUUUUCGAUUGUUGGCGCUGUGCCACACGGUCAUGUCGGAGGACAAGGACGGCAAGCUGGAGUACCAGGCGCAGUCGCCGGACGAGGCGGCGCUGGUCUCGGCGGCGAGGAAUUUCGGGUUCGUGUUCAAGGAGCGCUCGCCGAACAGCAUCACGAUCGAGGUGAUGGGACAGAAGGAGGUGUACGAGUUGUUGUGUAUAUUAGAUUUUAAUAAUGUGAGGAAAAGGAUGUCUGUGAUCUUGAGGAGGGAGGGGGUGCUGAGGCUGUACUGCAAGGGGGCGGAUAACGUCAUCUACGAGAGGCUGCAGAGCGGCAGCGAGGACAUCAAGCAUCGGACGCAGGAACAUUUGAACAAAUUCGCCGGCGAAGGUCUGCGCACCCUGUGCUUGGCCUCCCGCGACCUCGACGAGGAAUUCUUCAACAACUGGAAACAACGUCACCAGGAGGCCGCCCUGUCGUUGGACGGUAGAGACGAGCGCCUGGACGCCAUCUACGAAGAAAUCGAACGCGACAUGGUUUUGAUAGGCGUGACGGCCAUCGAAGACAAGCUUCAAGAUGGCGUAGCACAAACCAUAGCCAACUUGAUUUUAGCGGGUAUCAAAAUAUGGGUACUCACCGGCGACAAACAAGAAACUGCCAUCAACAUCGGCUACUCAUGCCAACUUCUCACCGACGAACUCGUGGACGUUUUUAUCGUCGACGCGUCUUCGUACGAGGAAGUCCAUCAACAGCUACUAAAGUUCAAAGAAAACAUCAAAAUCGUCAACACAUUCCAGCCGCAAAGCCCGGCCGGCAUCCAGCUGGGUACGUCGAACGGUCAUAUGGACGCCACUGAGCAUUCGACCGGCACUUCGACCCCACCGCAUCAACAAGCAAAUCCACCCGCAGUCAGUGUCGUCACAUUCAGGUGGGAUGAUGACAUUGAAAGAUGUGAGAAUACGAGAGCAAGCGCCGAGCUAGAGUACCACGGUGGUUCCAUCGAGGACGCCACGGUGGAAGAAACCACCGCCGGUUUCGCCAUCGUCAUCAACGGCCACUCUUUGGUCCACUGCCUCCACCCCCAGCUCGAGCGGCUCUUUCUCGACGUGGUGAUGCAGUGCAAGUCUGUGAUUUGCUGUCGCGUCACGCCCCUCCAGAAAGCCUUGGUCGUCGAACUGAUCAAGAAAAAUCGACACGCCGUCACCUUGGCCAUCGGCGACGGCGCCAACGACGUUUCGAUGAUCAAAGCGGCCCAUAUUGGCGUCGGUAUCUCGGGUCAAGAGGGAAUGCAGGCGGUCCUAGCCUCCGAUUACUCGAUAGCCCAGUUCAGGUUUCUGGAGAGGCUGCUGCUGGUCCACGGUAGGUGGUCCUACUACAGGAUGUGCAGCUUCCUGAGGUACUUCUUUAACAAGAAUUUCGCUUUCACUCUGUGCCACUUCUGGUAUGCGUUCUUUUGCGGGUUCAGCGCCCAGACUGUUUUCGACCCAAUGUAUAUAUCGGUGUAUAAUCUUUUCUACACGUCGUUACCCGUCCUAGCCGUCGGCAUUUUCGACCAAGAUGUCAACGAUAAGAAUUCGGUACUCUACCCGAAGUUGUACAGGCCCGGACACUACAAUUUGUUUUUUAACAAGAAGGAAUUUUUUCGGAGUGCCAUGCAAGGAUGCUUCGUGUCGAUCGUCUUGUUUUUCAUUCCUUUCGGCACUUACUACGACGCGGUGAGCCCCAGCGGUCAAGGCUUGUCCGACUACAUGUUGUUCUGCGCAGUCGCAGCCGCCAUUUUAGUCAUCGUAAACACCGCCCAGAUCGCCCUCGACACCUACUAUUGGACCGUUUUCAACCACAUCAUGAUCUGGGGCUCUCUGGCUUUCUACUUCGUCGCCGACUACUUCUACAAUUACGUGAUCGGCGGACCGUACGUCGGCUCGUUGACCAAAGCCAUGUCCGAGGUGAACUUCUGGUUCACGGCGGUCCUCUGCGUGACGAUUUCCGUCAUGCCGGUCCUGGCCUGGCGCUUCUACUUCGUCGACGUUUCGCCCACUUUGUCCGACAGGGUGCGUCUGAAGCAGCGCUUGGCGCAGGUGCGUUCCAGGCACAGCCAGGACGUGCUGCGCACGCCGUCGGCGCGAAGGGCGCGCCGGUCCAUCCGGUCGGGCUACGCGUUCGCGCACCAAGAAGGCUUCGGUCGGCUCAUCACCUCAGGUAAGAUCAUGAAGAAGCUCCCCAACGCGGACUUCAACAUCCCGAAUAUCAUCGGCAAGCUAAAUAUGAACUCGGGCGGGAGCAGCAACGCGGCCGCCGCCCCCAAGACGGCGCCGCAGUCGCAGGAGAGCAACAGCAGCGGCAGGGCCCCCAUACAGGAUCUCGACACGAUUAAUCUAUGAAACGAGGGGGUUUUUUAAGCGCUUUUUUAAGAAAAUCUCUUUUUAAGAUGUUCUGUUAGGGUUUUAGCACAUGUUACGUUUUACAACAAGAGGAGAAUGUUUAAUGUUUUUAUUGUGAGGGGACUUUUGCGCCUACGUUUAAGUAUUUUGCUAAUGUGAUUUUUCACUUAAUAGUAUUUGUACAGUAUCAAGAAUUGUUUUACGUUAUUAGACUUACCGCUGGGUUGUUGAGGUGUCAAUUGGCAAUGCGAUGUCGGACACUCGUCACUCUUACACAAGACAGCACAAUUUGAAUAUCGGUUUUACGUAAAACAUGACACGGACGGUCGUUGUGUAAGUUCUGUUAUCUUGGUGCCAAAUAUUUAGAGAUCUGUCAAAUUGAGUGUUCAGCGGCUACUUAAGUUGGAAUUUGACACCUUGAUUGAAUCAAAGCGUGGAUGUUAUGCUUCUACUAGUCAAAGUAUGUUUAAUGUUGUCUUAAGAGAAAUUUUCUUUAUUACCAAGUUAUACAAAAUAUAUAUGCUUUUGUUUUUUAUUAUAAAAAUAAAUUUAUUUUUUCUGUA